AUGCAUCACCACCACUUCAAGAACCAGACCAACGAUGAUGACAACAAAUCUUCUCAUCGACCUGACCUUCCACAAGAGGAAACCUCUUCUAUCCAUCAACAGCAAGACCAGCAUGCGGAGGAUAUGACUUCGCAAAAGGAUACAUUGACAAAUACAUGCUUCAUUCCUGCGACAGAUUACGACAUAAUCCAAAUGGAUGAAAUGCAACGACCAGGAGAUGCACAAAAUACUCAUUCCAUGCAUGCAUGUGAUGCGAAACUACAGAAAAUAAUUGACAGCUUGAUCUUGUAUUUACAUGAAAAUAGAGACAGCAUUGAGCUCUUACAUGAGAAGGGUUCACUUGGUGCAUGCAUGCCAACUACCACAACAACAACAACAACAACCUCUGAACCCUCAAUUUCAACACACAUCGUCACAGAAAAGAAUUCUUGGAUUAAUUCAUCCAUGCUUCACAUGCCACAUCCUCGAACAAACAUGUGCAUCCCUCUUCGCAUGCUUCUUCUAACCAAAUGCCAGCUGACAUGCGCGUUCAUGGCAAGGCACAUGUUAUGA